AUGUCACGAAUCGAUUUGAAAGGUUUUACUCCAAGAGAUACACAUAACGACAACUUACUGGACUUUGAUCUCAGAACUUUACCUGAAGAUGAUGAGUUUGAUGGCAGGCUAUCAGAAAGCAACAUUAAUGCAAUAAAUGAUGAGACUUUUGGAGUGGACAUUGAUAAUAACUUGGAUGAUGAUCUGGAACUAUAUUCGGAACAAACGGCGGGUUUACGUAUGGAAGAACCAACUCCAUUUUGUUCUGAUGAAUCUACUUCUGCUCCGGAUCCAUCGGAACUACCGACACCCCCAUUUGUAUUUGAUUCAUUUUCAUUAACUGGCUUAACAUUUUCGAAUGAUAAGGAAAACGUCAAAGAUUGCAAGACUAAAAAUGAAGCAAAUAAUAUGGCUUGGGACGAUACUAGCACUUCGGCGCCAUUAUUAAAUUGGAGUGGUCCAGAAUUUUCUUCAUGGCAGCAUUCUAUUAAUGAUUUGAAAACAGUUUCACAUCGAACCAAUUUACAAGCGAAUAAUGAAUCGUUCGAUCAGCCACGUUUCUUUACUGAUGAUAAAGAUUCAGUAACAAAUCUAUUAAAGAAUGUACUUUCACUUGAAGAAAGAGAAGGAGAUAGUGUUAAUGUGGCUAAACCUACCACUACUGCAGCACCACUUCUUAAAGAAGGUGUUGUAACAUUAGCUGAGUUAGAAAAACAACUUUUGGCGGAUUCGGCAGCUAAUGCUUCAGUAGCUUCAUCUGAAGUGGAUCGAGCUGCAACUGUUUUGUCAGAUCCACGGAUAACGCCAAGGAUUCCUCCACCUUUUCCAUAUCAGUACUUGCCAUUCCCUUCUUUACCUCCAUUUUCAAUGGAAAUUUUAAGAGGUCACCUACCAGAAAUACCUCCCGGUUUUCCGCCUGUGACUCCACAAAUUCGAGCUGCAGUACUUGCGCAACUUAUGCCACCGCCUUUUCUACGAAUGCCUUCAGCAUCCAUGCUUCCGCCGUUUUUUUUUUCACCUCAGUUUUCUCAAACAAGACCAGCUCGACCAGUACCACCUUCACUUUGUAAUUCGCAGUUUGGAGUCCAUACACAUAUUUCAAAGAUUUCACGUCAUAGUAACUCGGAUCUUAACUAUACAAGCAAACGCAUUUGCUUACCAUCUAGUAAAACGAUAUCUGACUUUGCACUGUCACCUUUUGCUGGCUUCGUUUCAAGAAAAGAACGUGAAUGGCUUAUCAAAAUUCAGCAAUUACAAUGUCAGGGAUGUGGCAAUCCCUAUGAAGAUGAUUUUUAUUACACGUUAUGGAAGCAACAGAGGUUGGCUCUAGAACGACGUGAAAGGGGUUUAGAACCAAUUAAUGAAGAAAACAAAAGGAAAUACGUAACUAAGAUUGGUAACCUACAGCAUUAUGUCCCACCAACAUUUAUUGGCAGCUUAGGAAAGCCAACAUUGUCUACUGUGAAUUAUCCAAGACAAUUAAUUAAUUUGUCCCAUUCGUCUAGUGAUGAUGAUAAGCUCUCAAUGAAAAGCAAUACUUCGCAAAAAAAAUUGCGAGCACUCUUACUGCAGAUAGAAAAUAUAGCUUUCCUCAUUAUUGAAUGUGACGAUCUACACCGCGCACUCUCUGCUUCGUCUCUGUCAGAUGAAGUUCGGAUGGAAUUGAAGAGUGAUAUUGAAAGUCGAAUGAAAACAAUAAUUCAAAGCAUUUGUUACCGCAAUGGUCUCGAAACUGCUUUGCUUAUAAAUAAGGGAAGACAAAUGUUUGCAAGAGCAUUGUCGUGUGGUAAUGAAAUGCAUCAAUAUCUUCUUCUCAAUAGUUUUUUUUCGAGUUUGCCUAUUAUUAUCAAAAGAGUACCGGCAAAUGUGUUGAAUGAAUCGUUAUUGAUGCCAAUAUUUGGAACGCUCUCACAGUUUUCAGAAAAUAGACUCACCAAUUUCAUCAACACUUCAAAAUGGGCAGUAAGCUGUGAUUCAGCUAAGAAUUUGUUUUUGACAAAUUUACUGAUGUUGCUAGUGGUUUGCUGUUCACGCAAAGACUGUCAUCUAGAUGCUUGCUUUGCAACUACAAUUCUCUCCGUACUACUUGGGCCAUGCUCACAGCCUGUAAAGUGUUCUUUGGAACCAUUUGUGAUUUUAACACUCUCCGACAUCAGAAUACUUGAUACUUGGUCUACUCGUAAUAUCAAGGGAUAUCAUGGAUCAGCUCUUGAAAAUAUUGUUCAUAGUUUGCAGCGUAGUUGUAAGUGUCAAGAAGAUUGA